UCCCGUGAAUUAUUUGUGAAUUCAUUGCAUUGUGUAUUAAUUUGUCAAUAGAAAUUCCAAACCUUUUUUUUUUUUAAAUAUGUAUCGUUUUCGUAACUUCUGUAAUUGCCGUCGUCUAUUUUCAGUUUUGGUGCAAGAUAAUUUCGCUAAAGAAUGUGAAGAAAUUUUGAACAAACAAAUCAAUUUAGAGCUUAAGGCGUUUUAUAGCUAUUUGGCCAUGGCAUUUCAUUUCGAUCGUAGUGAUGCAGCUUCGCCAGGAGCCUUUAAAUUUUUCAAAAAUGCCAGUGAGGAGGAGCGUCAACAUGCCAUUCUAAUUAUGGAGUAUAUGAACAAAAGAGGAGGUGAUUUAAAAUUAAAUGCAAUCCAAAGUCCCAAAUUGUCAUUCCAAUCGAUAAAGGAAGCUAUGCUUGAGGCACUUAGUAUGGAGAAGGAUGUUAAUACGGCUCUUUUGGAAGCUCAUGCAAUUGCUGACAGAAACAAUGAUCCCAAUAUGUGUGAUUUUAUUGAGACGAAUUUUUUGCAAGAACAAGUGGAUGGUAUCAAGCAAUUGGCCGACUAUGUAACUCAAAUUGAGAAGUCCGAAUGUGAUCUGAGCAGCUAUUUGUUUGACAAGUAUUUAAUGCAAGACUCGGGUGGCAUGCACAAAAAAUAAAAUUUAUUGCAUAUAAAAGAAUGAUGACGAAAAUAUAGAAAAUGUGCAUAACAUUUA